AUGGCGGACGCGGCGGUGAGGUGCCUCCGGGACGGCCGCCUCGACGGCGAGCACGCGCCGGCGCUGGCCGUGGAGGGCUCCCUCCAGUGCUGCCCGCUCGCGGCGCGCGCCAUGCUCCACGUCGCCGCCGCCGUCGCCUCCAACGCGGCCGCGGGGAAGGCACAGGCCAGGGGACUUGUGGUCGUGGCGUUUGAUCGUAGCCCGGAAGUUUACCUGGAUAUCAUGCUUCGGCACGGCCUUGAUUCAAAUGCACUGAGUCGAUGUGUUCGGAUAUUGGAUUGCUACUCAGACCCACUGGGGUGGAAGCAAAAUAUUCGAAGUCAGCAGCAACAAGAGAACAGUGGAACACUGUGCUCAACAAACAAAGACACCAUAACAACUUUCAGAAGUGUGAAGGAUGUUGAUAAGUUGUCGUGCUCCAUAAUUGAUCUUGGAAGAGGGUUUGAAGGAGAAGGCAAGACCUAUUUUUCUGUUGCUGUUGAUUCAAUCAGCUCUAUGUUAAGGCAUGCUUCAGUGCAAUCAAUUUCAGGCCUUCUUAGUAAUCUUCGAAGCCAUGAUCAGAUAUCGUCGAUCUUCUGGCUAAUGCAUUCAGAUCUCCAUGAAACCAAGUUUUCCCGAGCUUUUGAAUGUCUUUCUACCAUGGUUGCUUGUGUAGAGCCAGAAGUUGUAGAUUCUGUAUAUGGAGAAGAACGUAGGGGGGACAUGUCUUUCCUUGAGCAUAACUAUUCGAAAGCAAAGUUCCAUGUGCGCCUGAAACGAAGGAAUGGACGGGUGAAGCAUCUGUAUGAGGAGUUAUGUGUCGAGGGAUAUGAUGUAAAAUUUAUUUCUGCUACUUCUGUAAGUAUGGAAGUGAACCAAAGUCUACUACCUAAGGUUCAGUUCAAUCUUGAGUUGUCAGAAAAGGAGCGCAGUGACAGGGCAAAUGUUGUUCUUCCUUUCGAACAUCAAGGAAAGGGCGAGCCAAUCCGUAUAUACGAUGGACGGCGAUCUCUCCCGGAGGCUCAUCAAGAUCCCAAUUUAACUACGGCAGCUCUCCUGGAUGAAACAGAAGCUCUUAAAUCUGCAAACCCGAAGGGUGAAAUUCAUUACCUUCGUGAUUCUGAUGAUGAGCGACCUGACUCGGAUGAAGACCCCGAUGAUGAUUUGGAUAUUUAG